GGCGGCGCAUGCGCGGCGGGAGGCGGAGCACGUGGUCAGGUGCCCGGAUGGCGGCGGCCCAGGCAGUCGGGGGGCGGCGAGCCGGCCAUGGCUGAUGCCGAAGAGGACGAGGUCGUGGGCAGAGAGGCCGUGCUCUACGAACUGCAUCAGAUUCACAGGACCGCCCGCGGCCUGGUGCAGGAGCUGAGGUCCUUGGUGAAGGCGACCGACCCCGGGGAGGGGAAGCUGCUCCGGUCUCGGGACGAGGCGCUGGGGUCCCUGGAUGUCUGGAAGACGCUGUUCGCCGCCGCCGGCCCCCCGCCCCCCGGCCCCGCCCAGUGAGGAGGACCCGAGCCCGGCGGACGAGGCCGGGGUGGACCGGCCGGAGCCGGCCGAUGGCGGCGCCGGGGAUCCGGAGGAGGAUCCGGAGUCGGAUCCGGAGUCGGAUCCGGAGGAGGAUCCGGGGCCGGCGGCGCCGCCCCCCGCCCCCGUGCGGCCCUUCCACCUGCCGGGCACCAGCCCGUCCUUCUCCCUGCGCAGCCGCAGCGUGUUCGACGGCCUGGAGGGGCCGGCCGCCGGGCCGCCCCCCGCCGCCGUCCCCGAUUACGUGACCCACCCCGAGCGCUGGACCCGCUACAGCCUGAGCGACACCCCGGACGCGACGGACCGGGACAACCGGGCCGCGGCCCUGGACUUCCUCGACGCCCUGCGGCGGCGCCGCGGCCCCGGCCCCCCGCCCUCCUUCGACCAGGACGCGGCCAGCCGCGGGGCCGGCAGGAUCGUCUUCCGCAGGCCGGGGCGGGCGGGGCCGGGGGGCGGCGACGCCUCCCGGAAGAGGCCCGCCCGGGGGGACGGGCCCGGCGGGGAGCCCCCCGGACGGGAGGAGGACGAGGACGAGGACCCGGACCCGGGGGACGGCGGGGAGCGGGCGAGGGGGCCGCCCUCGGAGGAUGGGACCGCGGCCUGCUUUCACGGGAACAAGAGGAGGAGCCGUGGGCAUUUCCGCGUCAGGGCCGCCGACGAGGACGACGACGCCUGAGCCGCCCCCUGCCCCGCCGGUGGGGACCCCCCGCGGCCGGGACCCCCGCGUCCUCCCGGAAGCGGGGAUCCCGAUCGCUCGCUCGUGCCGCGGACCCGGUCCGUCUUUCCCCCUGGCGCCAAUAAAGCCGUUUCGGGACA